UUCUAUUGUGCCACGUGUUCGCUGACGUCACAGAGAAAAUGUCUUCCUCUUAUCAAGCUUUUCGCUGCUAUUAAGGUUUACGUGAGGAAUAAACAAACCCAAAUGGUGGUUGGCGCUUGUUAUAAUUUUGAACGGUGAAGUUGAGACGUGUUGUGAUUCUUCACAGCGUCCAACUCGUCACAGCAUUUAAAAAGAUAGCAAUCACCACAGCUGCGGUGACAGCUGACUAGCAGCAGCCAUGGCUUCCGUGUGACAAGGAGAAGGUUUUCCGCCCACAUUUCAUCCCUCGUUAGUGACCUCGGCCGUGGACGUUAAUGGAUGCUCUGUCACAUCUGGGACUAUAACGCACCUUUGGGCCAUUCAGGAAACAGGUUGGCGCGCAGGUGCCAGUGCGACACAGUUCGCGUAUCGGUCACGUGACUUUCUAAAAGCGGUACGCGCACCGACACAGGGUUUCGCUCAAUGAGCUCGACGCAUGCGCCGAUGCAUCGGUGUACCCGGACCCAUCACUAAUAUACACGUGCUGUUAUCUUCAUCAUCCCUCAAUCUGGAAUUAAUUGGAUCAAUUUUUAUUUUUUAUUUAUUUUUUUUUAGAACUUUCAACCUCAGUUUUCAGCCAGAUAAACAAAUUCAAGAUUUCUGAUCUUUUUACUCAAAAAGAGCACUGAUAAUUUUUGCUUCAAUGAAUAUUUAUAAAAAUAGCCUUCAAUAUUUCUGUGAUUAAAGUUUUUAUAUCAUAGUUUUAACCUAAAAUGUAUUAAUUUUUUUUUUUUUUUUUUAACAAUUGUUACUUGCUGUGCUGUGGAAAAAGUCCAAGUGGAAGGUGUGCAAACUAUUGACUCACAGCAGCACAAUUUCACCAAUGAAGAAACUUAAGAUGGAUGAUUUUUUCUAUUUAUUAUCAUUUUAGUCUUCGUUGGAUUAAAACCUUUUCUGAAUUUUUUGUUCCUCAAAUCAAACUGACAUGGAUACCCCUGGAUUUUAUUGUGUAUUUUGCUUUUUCAAGUCCCACACCAACUAUUGGUUUUUGUCCAUCACAGACUUGGUGCAGCUCACAGGUCAGGUGGUCUAAAUCAAGCGAUGCCCACACGUAAGAAAACAAAGUUUCCCCAGUGGUGCAUUUACAGACUGUUGUGCCGAAUAUGAACGUUGAACAAAAAGCAAGUUCUCUUUUUUUAUUUGUCCUCACACAGCAACCGUAGUUGAAUCGAUCUCCAUCCUGUCAAAUACAAAAAAGUACAUUCUGAAAGAACUUCAAGAUUGACUUUGAAGCAAAAGCAACUCACGAAGGAAGGAAAAAUGGACUAGUCAGAAUAAUUCAUGUUUUUUUAACUCUCGUGCUUUGCGCUAACUCCCUUAUUUGAAUUAUGUUUGCUUUACAUAAGAAACGAUACAAUUUUUUAAAAUAUAAUUUGAUCUUAAAUGUCUUUCAAAAUUGAUCAAGUCAGCUUUUUCACUGUAUUUACAGAAAAUUUAACUUUUCUCUAUUUGGCUUCAGUGGGGGAGGACUACAUUCCCUGAAGUUUAAAGCCAUCUCUGGAAGUGAUCUGAAACGUGUUUUUUUUAAGUACAUCUCCUUUUGACAGAAGCAAAUACUUUAAACCUGGAUCCACUUUUUUUUUUGCAAUGGCUCAGGAUCUACAUGAGGAUUUUUGCAAAGGAUUUCAGCUGAUCCCUCAUAGACCGUUCCAUCAAUCCAUCAUCCUGACACCAGAAUCCCACAUAGAAUGCCACUAGCGACGUUUGUCUCCAGAAUGGCGAUUCCCUCGGCAUCGCAGCUAAGCUGAGGCCCGAGCACAUCACUGCGCACACAGGAAGUGAUGCCAGGUGGCAGUAAUCGGAAUGAAGGGCGGGGUCCAUCGUCCUCUCCCCUGCCCCAUGCUGUGGUCCUAUCCUCCAGACCCUUGCGACCCUCACGGUACAUCCCCGUAUCAGCAGCGACCUUCUUCCUGGUUGGCUCAACAACCCUGUUUUUUUGUUUCACUUGCCCGUGGCUCUCAGAGCGUUUCUCAGCAGCCGUACCCAUUUAUAAUGGCGUCAUCUUCCUCUUUGUCUUGGCUAACUUCUGUAUGGCCACAUUCAUGGACCCAGGCAUCUUUCCAAGAGCUGAGGAGGAUGAGGACAAAGAGGACGACUUCCGCGCUCCUCUUUAUAAAACCGUGCAGAUCAGAGGGAUCCAGGUCAGGAUGAAAUGGUGUUCAACGUGUCGCUUCUAUAGGCCACCACGCUGUUCCCACUGCUCUGUCUGUGACAAUUGUGUGGAGGACUUUGACCAUCACUGUCCAUGGGUAAACAACUGCAUCGGCAGGAGGAACUACAGAUACUUCUUCCUCUUCCUCCUUUCCCUGACGGCUCACAUCAUGGCUGUAUUUGGCUUUGGGCUACUCUUCCUCUUCUAUCAUCACCAGUACAUCAGCCGCCUGCAUGCGAUCGUCACGCUGGCUGUAAUGUGUGUUGCUGGCCUGUUCUUCAUUCCAGUUGCUGGUCUCACUGGAUUUCACAUUGUGCUUGUGGCAAGAGGCAGAACUACUAAUGAGCAGGUCACUGGCAAGUUUAGAGGAGGAGUUAAUCCUUUUACAAACGGCUGUUGGAAGAAUGUCACCCAUGUUCUCUGCAGUUCGCAAGCACCCAGGUAUUUGACCAGAAAGAAGUGUGUGCCAAGGGUGUGUGUCCAGCCUCCAUUUCUGCAGCCACAGCUCUCUGACACUCUGCUCACAGCUAAGAUCCUGGACAAUGGCCUUAGAGGAAAUCUUCAUCGGUCCAAGUCCAGUCUGGAUAUGCAAGAAAGCCAGUCAUGUGACGCUGAGCCUCCACCUCCCAAACCAGACCUUCACUACCUUGGCAUCAGCAGGCGGAACACGCACGAUUACAAUCUAGUAAACAAAGUACCUCCCACCCCCACGAUGUAUAAAUACAGACCCUCCUACAGCCCUGGAAAGAACCACACACCCCUCACCCACGCGUAUGCAAACCAGUUGAGUCAGAGAGAGCGAGCCAACAGCAGUCGGGAUUCUUCCUCCUCCACCUCCUCCCUGGUUCAGGCCAGCCAGCAGCCUGGGUUCCGCUCCCAGCCGAGUCUGGACAGCAGGGACAGCUCGUCUGUCAAAGGAGGCACUGAUGGCGAGAGAAAAGAUGGCAUCGAGGCAGGCGCGCCCGCCUACUCUCUGGCCGGCCGCUCCUACCCUUCAUUUCCCGACCCUACCGUCCUAUCAGGAGUGGUCUCUCAGUCCUCCUGCUCCAUGCACAUCUCAGCAGGCGCUGCCCACAUCUCAGAAUCCAACACUACCUCCAGCAGCUUCAAGAGCUUAGCCAAUCACACGCCUCCCCCUCAUCACCCCGCACCUAACGGCAGCCUGUCAUGUGACAGCUUAAUGGCCGCGGGGGAGGUUUGUCCGGCGGGAGGCGGCGGCUAUGUGUCGUCCUUCGUGUCUUCGCACCGCAGAGAUGUGGACGUGCAUUCUCAGUCUCCUCAGCGCCAUCACGCCCUCCUCCAUCGCUCCACCUCCUCCACCUGCUACUCCCCCGAGAGGGAGCGUCAUAUGGUGGACCCUCACAGAAAUGUUCACCCACUUCCUGUCUGUCAAGCGUCUGUGCCUCCUCCUGUGCCACAUCCUCCGCACCACCACCAUCACCACCAUCACCAUCAUCACCAUGCCUCAUCUCGCUACAUGGCGCCUCACCUGCCCCACCACGCCUUCCCACACCGCACUCGCUCCACAGACACUCCCCCAUCAUCAUCUUCCACAAAUUACCCCUCCAUCUCAUCACACCCGCCGCCUCUCGGCAAGUCCUUGUCUUACUCGAGCGCUGCCGCAGCCGAAAUGCAGUACCGGCUUAUCCGAAAGGCUUCAUCGGCAGCUGGGGCGAAUGCAGCCGGACCAGCGGGAGGAAGCGGAGGGACCAUGGGGGGGGCAGCAGCACCAAAGGUUGAGUUGGACCAAACAGAACUGCUAAGUUGAAAAUGGAAGUCGGCCAUUUUCUUAUCCUUUCUCUCCCAAUCAACACGUCGCGCGGUGCGGCGGAUCUUCGCUCAGCAAGGGAGUGGUCAGGUAUCACCUGUGACAUUUCUGUCUUGUUGGCAGCGCCAUCUUCAGGGUGUGAAAGGAAACCUGUCAAUCCCAGCUUUCUGAUUGGCUGUUAAUAACUUGUGAAGUGGUGUUAAUGUACAGCGUGGACUGAAUAGCACCACAGUUGUUUGGGUUUUAGUUUUAAAAAAUGCUAAUUUGAGCAGGCAGGACCCGCAACUGACUUGUUGUGUAUUAGUAUGAGAAGUACAGCACUUUAUUGCUAAAACUACUCUUGUUUGGUUGUUUCUGCCCAACAUUAAUGGUCACUAUUCGCACUCCAGACAAGAACCUGUUUUGCAAUCAUUCAUCGUCAAAAGCCUAUUUGAAAGAAACCAAAUACAUCCCAUAAUAACAGAGAAUAAUUCCACCCAAUCAGUGCCAUUAGCUCGUUGUAACUCUCCAACUUCAAUUCAAAUCAGUGAAGUUGGCACGUUGUGUAAUUCGUAAAUAAAAACAGAAUUCAAUGAUUCGACAAAUCCUUUUCACCUUUUAUAUUCAAUUGAAUAGACUGUACCCUUUGUUCCAGAGGACACAACGUCCACAGUUUCCAAAAACAAUUUGAAAUGUGGACUCGUCAGACCACAGAACACUUAUACACUUUGCAUCAGUCCAUAUUCGAUGAGUCCAGACCCAGCGAUGCCUGUCUCGUUUCUGGGUGUUGUUGAUAAAUGGCUUUCGCCUUGCAUAGUAGAGUUUUAACUUGCACUUACAGAUGUAGCGACCAACAGUGGGUUUUUUUUAAGUGUUCCUGAGCCCAUGUGGUGAUUUACACACUGAUAUGGGGUUUUCAUGCCGUACCGCCUGAGGUAUAAGUCACGGGCUUAGCCGCUUACGUGCAGUGAUUUUUCCAGAUUCUCUGAACCUUUUGAUGAUAUUACGGACGGUAGAUGGUGAAAUCCCUAAAUUCCUUGCAAUAGCAGGCUGAGAAAUGUUGUUCUAAAACUGUUCCGACAAUUUGCUCUCACAUUUGUUCACAAAGUUGUGACCCCCGCCUCAUCCUUGUUUGUGACCAUUUCAUGGAAGCUGCUUUUAUACCCAAUCAUGGCACCCACCUGUUCCCAAUUAGCCUGUUCACCUGUGGGAUGUUCCAAAUAAGUGUUUGAUCAAUCAAUCAAUCAAUCAAUCAAUCAAUGUUUAUUUAUAUAGCCCCAAAUCACAAAUGUCUCAAAGGACUGCACAAAUCAUAACGACUACAACAUCCUUGGAAGAACCCACAAAAGGGCAAGGAAAACUCACACCCAGUGGGCAGGGAGAAUUCACAUCCAGUGGGACGCCAGUGACAAUGCUGACUAUGAGAAACCUUGGAGAGGACCUCAGAUGUGGGCAACCCCCCCCCCCCUCUAGGGGACCGAAAGCAAUAGAUGGCGAGCGGGUCUAACAUGAUACUGUGAAAGUUCAAUCCAUAGUGGCUCCAACACAGCCGCGAGAGUUCAGUUCAAGCGGAUCCAAGACAGCAGCGAGAGUCCCGUCCACAGGAAACCAUCUCAAGCGGAGGCGGAUCAGCAGCGUAGAGAUGUCCCCAACCGAUACAGGCGAGCGGUCCAUCCUGGGUCUCGACUCUGGACAGCCAGACAUCCAUGGUCAUCGGACCGGACCCCCUCCACAAGGGAGGGGGGGACAUAGGAGAAAGAAAAGAAGCGGCAGAUCAACUGGUCUAAAAAGGAGGUCUAUUUAAAGGCUAGAGUAUACAGAUGGGUUUUAAGGUGAGACUUAAAUGCUUCUACUGAUGAGUAUUCCUCAACGUUCUCCGUCUUUUUGCUACUUGUGCCAGCUUUUUGAAACAUGUUUGCAGGCAUCAAAUUCUAAAUAAGCUAAUGUUUGCAAAGAAUACCAAUGUUUUCCAGUUCAAAUGUUAAAUAUCUUGUCUUUGCAGUCUAUUCAACUGAAUAUUGGUUGAAAAGGAUUAGCAAAUCAUUCAUAGGCUGCUGCCCCCGUGCCCCGACCUCGCAUAAGUGGAAACUAUUUUUGGAGGUUUAUUUUUACAAUACAACUUUUAGUUGAAUGUCUUUCCUGUGCUCAGUGUCAACAUUCAGUUAGCAUAAAUGUUAUUAUAUGCCAUGCCUUUGCCAACAACUCCCUCCUUUUACUCAAACAAGUUAACAACCUUUUUUCAAAAUAAAACAAAAGUUUCCUGAUUUGUGCCAAUAAAACCCAUUUGGAGUAGUUAAAUUUGUGUUUAAAAGCCAAAACCAAUGAAGCUGGCAUGUUGUGUAAAUGGUAAAGAAAAACAGAAUACUAUGCAAAGAAGCCCAGACUUUCCUUUCCCCAGACGCUUGUUCCAGCUCCUCCUGGGCGAUCUUCAGGCCAGCUGGGAGACAUAGUCCCCCCCCAAUGUGUCCUGGGUCUUCCCUGUGGUUGGAUGUGCCCUCAACACCUCAUCAGGGAAGCAUUCCAGGAUCAUCCUGACCAGAUGCCCGAAUCAAGAAAAUAAAUGUGUAAAAGUAAAACUAACCUUUUUAAAAUGAUCAUCUUUGAUAUUAAAAUUAAUUUUAGGAAGCCAGUAUAGGCAACAAAUGUUUUUUUUCCAGUGUUCAAAUUCGAUUUUAUAUUACAAUAAAAUGCACAUUAAAACUAAGUGUAAAUUUAAUUUGCAUAUUUUAUCAUACAUAUAUAUAUAUACACAUAUUAAAAAUAAGUGUGAAUUUAAUUUGCAUAUUUUAUGAUAUAUAUAUAUUAUAAAAUAUGAAAAUUUAAUUAUUUACACUUAAUUUUAAUGUGCAUUUUAUUGUAAAAAAAAAAUAUAUAUAUGUAUAUAUAUAUUCAACUAAAAGUUGUAUUUUAAAAAUAAACCUAAAAAAAUUAUUUAGGGAAUAGAACUUAUUUUAAAUCCUAAGUCAUAGUUUAAAAAAAAUAAAAACACAGGAAAUAUGUACAAACAAUAAAUGAGCAACUUCCUGUGAAUCAUGUGACUUGUGGAAUAUUACACAUUUUUCAAAGGUCUUUUUUUUUUUUUAUUAAGAAAAGGUGUAAAAAAUAGUAUUUAAAAUGAGCAUAUAUGAUGGUAAAACUAAUUUUAAGAAACAGGUAAAGGCAACAAAUGCUAUUUUUUUUUCCAGUGAUCAAGUUCAAUUAAAAUCAUUUAUAUUAAAACAUUUAUAUAUAGUUAAUUUUAAUGUGCAUGUUAUUAAAAAUAUUCAAACGGCACUAAUUGGGUGGAAUAGCCCUUUAAGGGAAAUGAUGAAAGAUGUAUCGAAAUAUAAUUUUUAAAAAAGCUGUUAAAUUGUAAUAUUAGAGAGUCAACUCCUAUCAUUUGUAAUUGUAGGUGCACUUCUCUUCUCCUGACAUUUUUUGCUGCCAAUAUUCACUUUUGACAAUUCAGUUCUUUGAAAAAGGCAUUUUGUGGCGGUAAAAACUUGAAUUGACUCAACCAGAUGUUUUGUCUAUUCUUCGAUGUCAAUAUUCCAAGUGUGUAUAAAAUAAUGUGAUUUUUGAAUGUGCAUUUUUUAAAAUUGUUUUGAAGAUAUUUUUAUGGUGCAACCAACAGCAUGUGUAUAUGAAUUAUGAAUAAAUGGACCAAACUGGA